AUUUAUCUAUAAUUUUGACAUAAAAAAGAAGAAUAAUCUAACCUAUCACGCCCCUUACAUACAUUGUUUUCUUAGAUUUUUGUUUGGUUUUGGUAUAUUUUUUAAAAUGACAGAAUCUAAAUCAAACGUUGGUCAUCUGGAAGACGAAGCUUUUAAGAGACGAGAGAGAUUAAAAAACUUGAAAAGAAAACGAGAAGACACUAAUACACAAGGAGAAAAGGACAAUGAAGAAGGAAAAUGUGUCUUACCCAAGCCACAAUUUAGAAGCUAUAAACCAUUAAAUGAAAAGUUAGAAAACUUUAUGUUAAAUCCUGCGGAACCUGAAAAUGUUGCUUCUCAGGUACAAAUUCAGUUGGAAUCUGCUAAAUCUGCAGUAGUUAUCAAUCAAUUAGAUGUAACAGCUUUAGCUCCAAGAAAGCCUGACUGGGAUUUAAAAAGAGAUGUGGCUAAAAAAUUAGGCAAAUUGGAAAAACAAACACAGAAAGCUAUAGCAGAGCUUAUUCGUUACCGAUUGAAAGAAUCUAAACAAAUUGAAGACUUAGCAGCAAUAGUCAAUGCCGGAGCAUCAGUUUCAGCAUACAUUGACCAGUGACCACAUGGAGGAAGGAUUAUUGUGACCACAUUACAUUUCAGAUAAUGGAUAAACUUUCAGUGAUAAUUGUAAAGUAAAUAGUUGUGUUCCGAGUUCCAGGUUGUUACAUUAAUUUAAUGGUAAAAUACGUCUUCUUGCUAACACAAGAUACCUGUAAUACAAGAAAUAAGAAAAAAACAUAAAACUAAAAAAAUUAAAACACUU